AUGAAGUUCGGUCUUGGUUGGUGCGCAUUAUUUAUUAUAGGCUUUAUAGUCGCCUCCUCUGUCCUUGGAACCGAGGAACAAAAGGGUGUAUUUACUUCCGCUGAUGAGCCAGGUUCUGGAUCUGGAAGUGAUUCCGGAAGCGGAGAUGCACUUAAUGAGAGAGAUGAGGAGGGGCAGAAAAUUCUUGACUUGAUGUCUACGAUUCCUUACAAAGAAGCUUAUAACAUAAAAAAAUGUGAAGAUAACCCAGAAGUUGACUGUAAAGGCAAGACUUCUACGGAAUGUCUAAAAGAUUUUCAUGAUAUGGUGCGAGAUUGCCCAUUAUCUUGUCACCUGUGCGCAAAAAGAGGAGGAACCACUGAGAAAUGCGAGGAUCUUGGUGAAAAUUGUGACGUAGGGGUCCGCAGACGCGAAUGUCAGCUACUUCCUGAUUACAUGAUGCAAAACUGUAAACUUUCCUGCCAAUUCUGCGGCCCAGAGUCUGGGUUUGGAAAAAUGGACAAACAUCCCGUUUGCCCAAUAUGGGGAGAAUAUGGCUACUGUCAAACAGACUCUGACAUAAGGAGAGAAUGUCCUCAUAGUUGCACGAAGUACCAUGGAGUCAGGCCAGCCCCCGAACCAUAUCCCUACCCCGUAAAGGCUCUGCAUCCCUAUCAAUUCCAGCCUGGACAAUAUCCGAUUCCUUCUGGGUACCCAUAUCCCGCGCGAUACCCGAGCCCAUAUCCUUCUCCUUACCCGUACCCGUAUCCCUAUCCAUCUCCGUACCCCUCUCCCUAUCCCUAUCCAUCUCCGUACCCCUCUCCUUACCCCCACCCUAACCCAUAUCCAACUCCUCAUCCGACACCAGCACCACAGCCGAGUCCAGUACCCACACCAGUGCCCUCCCCAGAACCUUCUCCAGUGCCCGCUCCAUCUCCUUCUCCAGAGCCCUCUCCAUCACCAGCCCCGGCCCCUUAUCCAACACCAAGUCCGGCCCCUAAUCCAACACCAGCACCAGCUCCGGCCCCUUAUCCAGCACCAGCACCGGUUCCGGCCCCUUAUCCAGCACCAGCACCAGCACCGGCCCCUUAUCCAGCACCAGCACCAGCACCAGCACCAGCACCGGCUCCUUAUCCAGCACCAGCACCGGCCCCGUAUCCAGCUCCAGCAGCGGCCCCUUAUCCAGCACCAGCUCCUGCACCGUAUCCAGCGGCGGUUCCCCCUGCAGCACCUGCAACUUACGACAAAGGUCACAAGUCAGAGAAAAGCGAACAAAAGAAGCACAAGGACCAUAAGAGGAAAAAUCAUGACUCGAAGAAACGCAAAGGAAGAAGAAAUUGAGUCGCCGAAAUCUUCACCCGUUAUCACAGUUCAACGCAUCCUGUAACUGAAAGUAAAAUGCCUGUCGGAGAUAGAUUAAGUAUUCUUUACUGAUAAAUCUCUUGGAACAGCCGGAAUUAAUGUUUUAUACACAAAUUACAGCACAGGUUGAGACGUUCGUCUCAAGUACGAUUCCUUGGUCAGUAUCUCAUAUUGUGAAGACCUAAAGGAGAAAUAAAUUAUAAAACGACAAA